AUGUUCAGAUCCGCCCCAACCGCGACCGUCGCAGCAGCAGGAGGGCCACUGAGCCGCCGCGCUGCGUACUAUAACCCAUGCGCAACAGUCCUUCACACACAGGUUCAUUUCACGCGAUUCCUCCGAACCCGAAGCGCGCUAAAUUCUCCUAGAAACUUGCCCUCCUUUCACCGCCUAGCCGUUUUCGCCGCUAGCGGUACAAGCCAAGCCUCGGGCGGAUCUGAGCCGUCAGUAUCGGCUCAGAUCCGUGGGAUCGGGGAAGUGGAGUUCGGCGGGAAGCUUGGCGGAAAGUUCCUACAGGAUGACGUGGGGCCGAACCAGGUGGUUCUCGAGGCGCAGGCGCGCGUGUGCACUGGACCCACGCAGACCCGGCCGCUGGGAGAAGAGGAGAUGCGGCGCGUGUUGGAGCAGAUCUUGCUUUCAGCCAAAGAGGAACUGCCUCCCUCUGAGCGAGUGUCACGGGCGCAGAUGGGUGCCUUUUUCGCGGGCAUGACAGUGCGAGCCAACUGCUUCCCACCUCCCACGCAGUGGAGCGAGGGGGAGAGGAGGGCGCUGGUUGACAUGUGGCCCGCCCUCAAAUACCACCUCCCCCGGGACGUGCUCUUCCUUGCCGACCCUCAGGGUUCCAUUUUCAACGAUGCUCUCCCUGUGGGCCCCACGUUCAACGGGCAUGGGUCGGAGCAGGAGGCGCAGGUGGUCGGAGAUCUCAGGGAUAUUCUGUUCGGCGUGCACCUUGGCUUUCAGGAAACCAUGUCGCUGCUGCAGAACCUGCUGCCCAUGAGGGGCGGAAGUGCGGAGGAGGGAGUGGGGGGGGUGAGCGAUGCUCUGGUGGCGGCAUAUUUGAUCGCCGUGCGCAUGAACCGAGAGACUGACCGCGAGCUCAAGGCAUUCUGCCUGGCGUUCGAUCAGGAGAUGGGUCCAGCCCCCAUUGCAAGAGUGCCUUCACUCAGCCACUACGGAGAUCCCUAUGACGGCAGCACACGCUACUUCCGCCCGACGCUCUUCGUGGCAGCAGUCAGGGCGAGCUGUGGAGAGGCGUGUCUGCUGCAUGGGGUGGACGAGUUUCCCCCCAAGCUUGGAACCACGGAGGAGGCAAUGCUGAACUUGCUAGGAGCCAACACCGGCCUCUCCCCGUCUCAAGCUGCUACCAUCUUGCAGGACCCUCAAAUCCACAUGGCAUAUCUCAGCCUCAAGGACUGCUCUCCCUCAUGCUACUCGUUGGUGGAUAUGCGUAGGCACAUCAAGAAACGUCCAACGUUUGCCACCACAGAGAAAGUGCAGCGUUACAUACAUGCAUCAGGGCGAGAGGCCAUGGUAGCCGGAUUUUACCAUGAGGGUUACGAGGAACCUCUGUUGAUGCUCAUGCGCAGGCAGCCUGUGGAAGCAGGGCUCGUGGUGAAGGGCGAGGAGGGCUCUCUAGCUCUCAUGACCCGCCGCCCCGCCCCGGAUGCUGCCAAAAAAGGCCGCCCGGUGAACUACUGCGCGGGGUUCCGGCCGGGGAACAGUAGGAGUGGAUGGGCGGGGAGAGGAGAGGGGAGUGGAGAAGGGAAAGGUGCCGGGAGUGGGCCGGAGGGAGGGGAGGAGAGUGAGAGUGGAGGCGAAGAGGACGGGUUUUACCGUGAGACGUUUUCGAUGGAGGCAGAUGCAGUGGCAGCUGGGAUGGAAGAGACUCUCACACCAAGGAUUGACCGAUCGGCACAGAAGAAUCUCGAUUUGGGACUGGAAGCACUGAGAGGAGUGAAAGGGCCGGCAUAUGACAGGAUAGUGUUCAAUGCAGCGGUGCAGGAUCACCUGCUGGGGUGGGGGGCGAGGGCGAUUGGGCUGGAAGCAGCGGUGGAGAGGGCGAGAGAGGCAGUGGACAGUGGGCGGGCGAUGAGGCACCUCAUGGGGUAUGUGGAGCGCAGCCAGCAGAUGCGGUGA